AUGGCUUCAAAACUUAUCUUCAUUAUUUGUAUACUAUCUCUAGUUCUCGCCCAACCUUCUCAAAAUGACACAAGCACAAGCCAAAAUACCACAAUUCCAAGCCAAAAUGUUACAAAUUCAUCAUCCUCUUCUAACCAAAUCAACUCUUCUGGUGAGUCAAACAUUUCUUCAAGCAACCAAUCAAAUAUUUCUCAGUCAAAUAGUACUUAUUUUUAUCAAGGAGGCAUCGCUGAGACUCUUCUUGAGAUGGCAAAUGGAUUUUUCGUUGGACUAAAGCGAAAUCAAAGCCAAAGUUCUUCUUGUUAUAAUGACUCUGGAGUUUUAACUGAAUUAUCACAGGUAGUUUAUAUGGACAUUAUGGACUAUGCGAGAGGAAAUUCUUCAGCUAAAAACCAAAUUUAUAUAAAUUAUGAUAAUUUGGAAAAUUAUUUUAAUGAUCGUGCAGAAAAUGACUGUGAUUGGGACUGGUUUUUUUGGCUCAAGACAUUCGAUCGGAAUGUUCCUUGUGUGAUAUUUCUACAGGGAUUUUUUGGUUGAUAUUUUUAAUGAUAUUGCGAGGAAAUAACAUUUAAAAUUUGAUCAGAUGCCUUGUGAGGAAAAAAAUCUUCUUCCCCCCAAAAAUCCUCGAGAAAAUGCUACAUAGGAAAAUGUUCUGAUCAAAUAUAAACUGAGUUUUUUAAACUUUAUGUAGAGAUUUCUGUCGAAGGGCUGAGAAAAAUUAUUGAUAGAAUAGUAGGGAAUAUCAAUAGUGUAGCUAGUGAGUGGAUGUCGCUAGAUAACUGUACAAGCAACUAUACAGCCUGUGGAGAAAACUGGGGAAGUUUGACGAGGCAGCUUGUUUUGUGGGAGAUUUAA